AUGUCCACUCCCGCUGUUGCCAGCCCUAUUCCACCCCUCUCUGGGCUUCACCAUAUCAAACUACCUGUCUCCUCUCUCUCCCACUCUCUAGUCUUCUACACCCAAAUCUUGGGCUUCACCCACAUCCCGGCAUACGACCACUACGACCCCUCCGGCAAACUGUACGCGCACAUCUUGCGGCUCUCUGCCAAUGCUGCCCAUCCUGCCGAACACAAGAUCCCCAUCACACACGAGGACAUCUUGCUAGAGCUCCGGCUAGCCCCGGAAACUGCCCCCCUCCUGGGGGAAAACCAUGUCGAUAUCCUCACUCUAUCCGCACCUUCUUCCACCGCCAUCACAGCCUGGAGCGAAUGGUUGACACAACACUCCGUGCCGAACUCUGGCACCCUCAGAGGCCUCGUUGGGGAACUUGUCGUGUGCGAAGACCCAGACGGGCUUAGGGUCAGAGUAUACUCCACAGAGAUGCCGGACGGUGGUAUGGAUCCGCAAUUGGUGAGCAAGGAUGAAAAGUGGUUGGAUUAG